AUGUACGAACUCGUCACUACCGGCCUUUCUCUCAUCAGAAUCUGUUGGUGGAGGCGAAGAAUACCGAAUGCACACCGCCAGCAUGUCCUCCAAACGCUAUAUAUGGAUGGCAUGCUGUACUUUCUCUUUAUGCUAGGCCUCGGUGCCGUGAACACCGCAUUGGUGAUAAAGGCCUCGGCCCCGGAGCUACGGUCAACUGUCACCCAAUUGCAAACAUCACUCCAUAGCAUCUUGGCUUCGCGCAUCAUCCUCCAUCUCGCGAAUUCCGGGCAUCGUGUAAAGGAGUUGCAUAGUACCGGAUCGACGGUUGCCCCUGGAGGGGCCCAAUUUACAUCCAUCUUUACGUCGCCAAGUGAGGAACUGACGACCUUCGCUGCCACAAACCGGUAG